CCACAGACACACAAAACAGGACCAAGGAACUGCUGGCCCUGAAUAAAUGUUGUAACAACGCACGAUUAUCACAAUGCUUUACAAUACAGUUGACAAAAGAGGCUAUUUACUUUUAAACGUGUCUGGUUUCAUAUCAUGCACCCUAUCUCAAAUUGUAGAUACUGUCAGAGCUUUUUCAUAUAGUGCCGACAGUGAAUUGACCAACUCGUUAUAAGAAGAAUUAUUUAGACGAAAAGAUAAUUAUUUGUGCCUUGGAUAUUGUUAACAGUAAAUGAAGAUAAAUAUUGUUUGAUUGAUUGAUCGCAGCUAUUACAGAAGAAGCCAGAUACUCUUCAGUAUGAAGUAAAAGGAGAUAAAUUCACAGAUUGUUCUGUAACAUUUAUUUGAACAAUUAAACGGUUUAAUUAAGGUCUAGGGUUGGAUGCAUGUGUUUAAUAAGGAAAGGUUAUUGUAGGUGUAGAGUUUAUUUUUAGAUAGUAAAGCACUUAAGGAAAGACUUAUUUUAUUAACACAAUCCCAGAAAGGUGAAACAAAUUGGAGAUAAAAAAAUGUAACACAAUGGGCGUUUGCUAAAGACCUCGCUGACAGGUCUAAUUGCCUGGGAGAUUGACCAUGAUUCACUGGCCAUUAUGGAACUGGUCAGUUGGUCUGAUAAGCUGCCUGGCAGAAGAUUUCAUAAUUGACCACAACAAGAUAGGAGCAUGUCUUCAAAGCGUAAGAACACGCCAACAAAACUUCCAAGAGACGACGUCGUAACUGAACGACCAAUCUGCAACACCUUACCUCAGGGCACACAUUUUGAUUUCAUGCGGGCCAUUGACUUCCAAACCCCACUCCACAUCAGUGACAACCACAGAACGUCCAACGGCGUAGACAGCCCUGACUCUGACUCCAGCAGCUACGAAAGAGAUCGCCCUACCAACAAGAAACAGAGAAUACUGCAGAGCGUUCGUAACAGUUCUGAUUCCGACUCCGAUAGAGAAAGCAGCCCUCACACAAACAAUAAUUCAACAAAACUCGGUAAUUUCGGGUUGCAUAAAAAAUCCAUGGAAAGCGUAUUGCGUCGUCUUGGUUCACACAAAGCUUGCGAAGGCCUCAGUGAUCAGGAAUACAUCAAUAGCUGUCUGGAGAUGUCGUCCCAGAAAGCGGGUGCAGACAUGCAGAUGUUCUAUAACAUUCAGAAACUGCUCAGUGAUUCCACAGUGCAGGACAAGGAGAAGAAGUUGGGGGAAAUGAUUGCUCAGCUGCAGACCAUUCGAGAGAACAUCAGGAAAGAAAAGCAGAGCUCAGAAGAGAGGUCACCCAGUCCUGAAAAUGGCAGCCAUGAUGUGCCCACCCACAUGUCAGCCCCGCUGAGGAUGUCACCACUGGCACCCUCUGCCUUCAUCAUGGAGACAAAACCAAGGUCGUCACCACCAUACAGCUCCUCCCCUUACCACUUGUCCCCCCUGGCACAUUCCAGCCCCACCCCAUCUGACCACCACUCCACCCCCUCACCCAGCCAUGACAACCGCACACUCACCAGCCAGAGCAGCUCUCUGCACCCAACAUCACUGUGGCUCAACACCUCUGGUGAAUCGUACCACAAACAGGAUCGCUGUGCCAGUGACCAGGAUGGGCCACUCAACCUCUCCAAGCCCCGAUCAGAUCUUCCAAAACAGGACCGAAACCAUGAUCGCCAUACUUACCCCACCCACUUUAACGGCUCAGAACGAGUCACAACCCCGCCACCGGCUCACAGCAAUCACAAACCAGUCAGCGUCACAACAAACUCCACCACCAUAAGCAACAAUAACAACAGCUUGAGCUCCCCACCAGUACCCUUGACCCCACCCAAGGUGUCCAUCCCUGAAACCUCGUCACCGAUGUUUCCAAGCCUUCGUCCAUCAUUUCUUCCGCCACAGUUCAGCCCAUACUUGGGUUUAACAGGCCACCUGCCAAUGUCUGUCCUCAACAACAACUUUAGUGCAGCUCACUCGGCUUACCUGCUUAACGGCGGGAAAAUGCCUGGCAUGGAUGCAGAGAAGGAAAGUAUGAUGCAUGACGCCUUUGCUCGCCAGUUUGCAGCUGUUCAUCAUGCUGGCCCGCCCGUGUUUCCAGGGUUCGGUCUGUCUAUGUACUCUGGUGCCCAUCUCUCACCACACAACAUGCCUAACAAGGACCGCAACUCUGGUGAGCAGAUGAGAGCUGACAGCACCUCACCCAACAGCAAGAUGUUUGGUGCAAAGAUCAUCCGGUCACAGAAGGAGAAGGCAGACAUGUCCAAGCCCCAUAUCAAGCGACCCAUGAAUGCCUUCAUGGUGUGGGCCCGGGAAGAACGCAGGAAGAUACUAAAGGCCUGCCCCGACAUGCACAACUCAAACAUCAGCAAAAUACUGGGGGCCAAGUGGAAGGCGAUGACUAACGCUGACAAGCAGCCAUACUACGAGGAGCAGUCACGGCUCAGCAAACUGCACAUGGAGAAACACCCCGACUACAGAUACAGACCUCGCCCGAAGCGCACAUGUAUCGUGGAUGGGAAGAAGCUGCGUAUCUCUGAGUACAAGAAUCUGAUGCGGGCCAGACGGCAGGAUAUUCGCCGCGUCUGGUACGGCGACAGUGGGACCACAUACGUAGAGGGAUUGCUCAAUUCUGAACAGAACGUUCCCGGCUCAUCUCGACUGAUGUCUCCAUCAGAAAUGGCCGCCAACCUCCACUCAGAGAAUGGCCAUGACAUGGACAGUGAUCUGAGUGACUCAGAGGAUAUCAGCAUGCUGGAUCAGGAAAGCGCUUGUCUCCAUAGUGAUGAUGACAAUGUUAGUGAUAGCCUCGACCAGUCAGAAGACACGUCUAUGGAGACUUUGUCUUUCAGAAGUAAACAGAAUGACUCUGAUAUAGCCAAUGGUAAUUCACAUAAUGUGCAUGUCACAUCAUAGAAACAGUGUGAGUCGAGUCCUAUGGUGUCAGCUGUAUGUUAUGGAUAGUGUACACUGACUGACAAUUGACAGGUGGAUGCUCUAAUUGUGAGACUCAUUUAAUAAUUUGACAGAUUUCCCAUGCAUUUGAGCAUAAAUGGGUUUAUACAGAAAUAUAUGCUUGUUAGAUGACAUUCAUGAAAGUGUUAAAUAUUGCACACUGCAUGCAUGCAGACAGUAAUAUGCUUCACUGUUAUCAUGUCUGUUAGUGAACCCGUCUCUGGGAAAACCUGGCUCACUGCAUGCGCCUUCAUUAUUAUCCAACACUAGUUUGUGCUAACAUCUUAAAUUAAAAUUUAGUUCGAAGGAAGUCUCUUCUUACAAUAAUAAUCUGGACUUUAUAGAAAGUCGUCCCUGACAAUAUUGUAAGCACAUUCAUUAAGCCCAGUAUUCAUAGAGACCGGCUCAAUCACAAAUAUCUUAUUGUUAUCAGCCAGCCAUGUUGUAUCAAAUGUUGCUAGUUAGUUUAAGCUGAAAGUGGUGCUAGAAAUAUUGUUGUUAAAACUGACUGGACAAGGGAGAGAAUCCAUGACAGAAAAAAGCAAGAACAGUUGCUCUGACAUUCUUGCUAUGUAUCGACACUGGUUUCUAUUGUAUCAUCACCAGGAACCAGUUGCAUGUUUGUAUGUGUUGAACAUGACAAGUAGCUUGUAGCUAUUAUAGAUUUUUGUAACUGUACUCAUUUAUUGUUAAUGACUGUUAUAUUUUAAUGUGUUUUUUGUUGUAUAUAAUUGUUACCGAAAAAUUGUCUCAAAUUCUUGUACAGCUUUUACUGACUUUUAUGAUGUAAUAUCACAUAUUUUAUUGCUUUUGCAUACCCAGAUGUAUUCACUUAAAUUCAAUGAAAGGUUACUUAUAUUACCAUUUGAAAUCCAGAACAUGAAAAGAAAUCCUUUUUAUUGUAACGAUGUACAUGGGCUUAGCACAUGUUUUUGUUAUGUUUAUAUCAAAUCAGGAUUCUAUAAAUUAACGAGAAAACAAGGUGCCUUUUUUACCCACCUUCAAGCUUCCCAGUAUAUCUUGCAUUAGCAGAAGGGUCCAAGCAAAUGUAGUGCCAAAUAAAAUGUAGAUUUGUUUUUACUUCGGUGUCAUUAUAUAUGUAAGCCCAUAUGUGGCUUGACUACUCCCAGAUAUAUGGUCUAUCUUUAUGUAGUAACAGUUUCUUAUACAAAUAUCUGCACAGUCAACCUUGUAUUUCUGUAGUGCCAUAAAAUAGAUGUGUUCAAACUGUGAAAUCACUUGAUUAUGUUUUCAUAUAUAUAUAUUACUGUUUUUUAAAGUUAAAUAACAUAACAUAAAAAAAUGAGGUUGAAGUACUUGCAAAAGAUGUUGUGCAGCUAAGUGCCAUAAUAAUGGAUUGUGAAUGUUAUGUGCUUCCCUUUUUUGUCCAAAAAUUGCUUGCAAUUCUCUCAAAAUCAGCCAGUACAAACAACUAUGAUACAACAAAGUUUGAACAAUGAUUUGUUUAUAUAAUCUUUCUUGGAAUCAGGAAAAUUGCUUCCCUAGUCAUAAUGAAGCAUUUUUCUCUUGUGAUAGUUUUCUUGUAAAUCCUAAUGAAGAAAUCCAGUCGAAAAUGUUCAAGUGCAGAAAAGUCGUCAUUCCAUGACCUCUAAUUACUCAUUGACAUGGCGAGCUUUGCUAGGUGAAGGUUCCAGAACCAACUCAAUACUCAGUACAGCCAAAUGAUACAUUGUUUUUAAAGCCAUUUCAUAAUUUCACCUUCCAAUGACUCGCGGCAUGCAAAAUGGGUCUUCUACCAUAUACAUUUAGCAAAGCCCCAUACUAGUCGGGCCAGGAUCUUACCUGUCCCCUAUAGUUACGCAAGAUUUAAUGGUUACAUUAGCGGACAAGAUAUCUCAUGACCAGAUGCACCAUUACGCAGGCUAGUCUAGAGAUAACCUCAUACAGCCUACCUAUUACCGCUUGACUGAUUUAAUUUUUAGCUCUACUGCCAAAGGUAUAAGAGCUUAUGGGAUGGCAUGGUUUCUGUCUGUCUGUGUGUGCGUUAGACUUUUCUUGUUUAUCCGAUAAAGUCCACAUUUUUCAUCCGAUUCUUUUCAAACUUGUUCAGUGUCUUUAUGUUAAUGAGGACUCGAACCUUAUUGAUUUUCAGGUCACUGGGUCAAAGGUCAAGGUCACAGUGACUCGUAAUAGUAAAAUGGUUUCUGGAUGAUAACUCAAGAAUGCUUAGGCCUAGGAUCAUGAAACUUUAUAGGUACAUUGAUCAUGACUGGCUGAUGACCCCUAUUGAUUUUCAGAUCACUAGGUCAAAGGUCAAGGUCACAGUGACUCUGUUUAUAGCAGUGGAGCGAUUCAGGCCCUCAUGGGCCUCAUGAUUCCAGAAACAUGUGAAAAGCAUUGACAAAAAUGAUGUUUUUGACACAAUUACGGUAUAGAGGAUUGUAUAUAAUGCUAAAAUGAUGGUGCCAUAAGAACAAUAGGAGACAUGUGUUAGAUAUUAGGCUUGUUGCCAAAUGACCAAAAGCAGGACUAUUAACAAUCUUAAUAUUUUUCUCUAGUAUGUAUAUUUGGUCUAAUUAAUGUAUUAAAUUACAUUUUCCAAGGUUUCAAGAUAAGUUAAGAUUGAGAAGUUCUGGUCAUGUCAAUGUUAUGCACAACUACCAUGACACCCCAAUUUUUUCUGGUAUGCUCAUUGACAGUGAUCCAGAGUAACAGGACAACUUAGUAGCCAAUCAGUGCUCUUGUUUUUGUCACAUGAUUUUUAAUAGCCAAUUAAAUGUUAGUGUUAGUAGAAUUGCAUGCUUUUAUGCUUGUAGUGAGCUAAUUUGAACAAAUGUGUAUAGAUUUAUUGUGCAUAUUAUAGAACAUACAUGUAAAUGACAAUAUCUGCAUUUACAGAGACGGCUAUGUUGAUAAAUGGCACUGAUCCAUAUUUUAUUGUUUUAUCACAUGAUCUGGUCAUGUGACAUCUGGAUGGCUUAUUUUAUUUGUUCUAUUUUUAGUUUUUAUUUUCAUUGGUUAGAAUCUUAUUAAUACCUUUAUUAGCUGCUGCUGAGGUUAUACUAAUUGUUACUUAUCAUUUAUAGAAAUAUGUCUAUUAAAAGUAUAAAAUUG